AGCUGAGAGGCUCUGCUUGUGCGUGUGCGUGUGAGUGUGUGCGCGCGCGUGUGUGUGUGUGAGAGAGAAAGGGCGAGAGAGGGAGAGAGAGAGACUGACUCUGUGUAAGGGAAAGAAAACAAUUUCUCCUGCUCUGCAGCUUCUGUUCAGGAUCAAUGUGACUUUAUUAACAAAUGGAUGAAUGAGUGUCCAUAUGAAGAGGAAAACAAUAAAGCUUUGCAGACUGACCAACUUUCAGAAGGAGGGAGAGAAAAAGACCUGGAUGUGCAGUAGGAGGACAAAUAGUAGACUUGGAAGUUACCCUUAUUGGAUGAAAUUAUGAGUCACUCUCAUUAACCGGGGAUUGAACUCAGGCCCCUGUGCUUACCAGAAUACCAACACCUUUGAGAACAGAAUGUUAAUGCUUGAUGGGAUGCCGGCAGUCAGAGUCAAAACAGAGCUUUUGGAAUCUGAACAAGGGUCUCCAAACGCCCACAGCUACCCCGAUAUGGAAGCCGUUCCCCUGUUGCUAAAUAACGUGAAAGGGGAGCCUCCAGAGGACUCGUUACCUGUCGAUCACUUCCAAACACAAACUGAGCCUGUGGACUUGUCAAUAAACAAAGCCAGGACAUCCCCCACUGCCGUUUCAUCCUCCCCGGUUUCCAUGACUGCCUCUGCCUCGUCACCUUCUUCAACUUCAACCUCGUCAUCAUCUUCCAGUCGCCCAGCCUCAUCCCCAACCGUUAUAACAUCCGUCUCUUCAGCAUCAUCGUCGUCAACAGUAUUAACUCCAGGACCCCUUGUUGCCUCUGCAUCUGGUGUGGGAGGCCAGCAGUUUUUGCACAUUAUCCAUCCUGUUCCGCCUUCAAGUCCCAUGAAUUUACAGUCUAACAAACUGAGCCACGUUCACCGCAUCCCUGUGGUGGUGCAGUCGGUGCCUGUUGUCUACACAGCUGUGCGUUCACCUGGAAAUGUGAACAACACUAUUGUCGUGCCGCUUUUGGAGGAUGGGAGAAGCCAUGGCAAAGCACAAAUGGACCCCCGAGGCCUAUCUCCCAGACAAAGUAAAAGUGAGAGUGAUGAUGAUGACCUGCCAAAUGUGACCUUAGAUAGCGUUAAUGAGACUGGAUCUACGGCCCUUUCCAUAGCCAGAGCAGUACAAGAGGUGCAUCCAUCCCCAGUGUCAAGGGUCCGGGGAAAUCGAAUGAAUAACCAGAAGUUUGCUUGUUCCAUUUCACCAUUUAGUAUUGAGAGCACAAGACGCCAGAGACGGUCCGAAUCCCCAGACUCCCGGAAACGGCGGAUCCACAGAUGUGACUUCGAGGGAUGCAACAAAGUGUACACAAAAAGUUCUCACCUGAAGGCUCACCGGAGGACACACACAGGGGAGAAACCUUACAAGUGCACCUGGGAAGGCUGCACCUGGAAGUUCGCCCGCUCAGAUGAACUGACGAGGCAUUACCGCAAACACACGGGAGUGAAGCCAUUCAAGUGUGCAGACUGCGAUCGCAGCUUUUCCAGGUCAGACCACUUGGCCUUGCACCGCCGGAGGCAUAUGCUGGUGUGAGGAAGGCUUCCUGUCCAGCUGGGCAUAAGAGCUGGCUCUCUGCGAGGAACCCAGUUCAGCAGGGCUGAAUCCCCUUCACAGUGUUAACACAAAAGGGCGUCACCAUCCCACGAUGUCUGAAACCAGAGCAGGAAUAAGAAGGAAUACUUCUCUCUCGAUCUGAAGGUAACCCCCAUCCUGACUGCUUGAGAGACAUCCUCACGCUGGCCUGGAAGUUCAGCGACAAAUGUUGAAGAGACAGGCAUUGUUUUCCGUGCUGUGUCCUCUGCCAUUUA